AUGAAGUGCUCGUUUGGGAGUGUUUUUGGAAUAGCGAAAAGCACUUCUAAAUGGGUGAAAGCGUUUCUGUCUUUUAAAAAUGGUGUUUGGCAGAAAUUGCAAAAGUUCUUUGGGUUAGAUCCAAAAGCACUUGGAGUGAUUUUGGAAGAAGCACUUGAGAGGUGCAUCUUCUUACAAGCGUUGUAG